AUGCCGUCUACAGUGACUAGCUCCCCGGACUUGACCCGACCUCGCGGGGGAAGUGGCCCACGACCUCAAGCCCGCUCGGCAGGAGGGGUCGAGAGAGCGCCCCGCAACGAAAGCUUGUCAGAUCUAGUGCGCUUUUUUCAAACCCAGAAUAUGCCAGCCCCAAGUAUACCGCCAAUUGGCUCUCCCGAUUCCACAACGGCGCUUCCCGCCGUCCUAUCCCCGGAACCGAAGGAGCCGACCAUUGAAUUGACUAAAGAGGAGAUCAAGCCUUUCCACCGGCGAUUGUUGCAGUUUGCUCGCCAGAAGAAAGAACCCAAAGAAUCAGCACCGAGAUCUAAGGCCGACGAGAAUCAAAGACAAAUCGAGGCUUUACACCGAGAGGGCUAUCUCAUGUCUCCUUCCAAACCCAAAAGUGCUCUUGAUCGACCAAAGAAUAGUAUGGAUCGAUCGAAAACUAGCCUAGAUCGACCGAAGAGCAGCCUGGAGCGGACUUUUUCCAGAUCGAAGAAGCAGGACGUUGAAGCUAUUGGUCGGCCAUGGCUGACCAGGACAGAGAGCAAUACCGGGUCACUAGACCCCAGACGUCGCUUGGCCUCUUUGGAUUUGGAUGACUUUGGCUCCAUGCUCGAUGCCGCUGUUUCACUCUCGGAGUUUGAUGAUGCGUCCCCGCCACCCUAUCAGCAAACCAAUUCUGGCACGCCUGCGCCUCGCAAUGACCAGGUCCUUGGUUCCCAACAAACAUCUACACUGCCGCUCCCAAGGGCCUCUUCGGAAGCUUGUCUACGAAGCAUUGAUCAACCGAUGCCAUCAUCAAUUUCCAUGACCGAGACGGAAGGAAGUGGAUCAAGAAAUUGUGAUCCGCCAUGGCCGCCAAGCGCUCUCAGUAUGGGCACAGGAGGUACAGACCGAAACCCUCGGCCCGUAUCUUUAUCGACCGGCAAUCAAUCCACAGGGGUACAGGCCAUCAAUUCCUCGGAGCCUGUUCAGAGUGAGCCAAAGCAAGACCAAAUCGCAGAGCAGCCUCAAGUACCAGACCAUCCUCCUCCUAAUCCAUCUGGCAACCCUUCGCCACCCUCAUUGAAGCUUUUCCCCGAUGUUGCACCUCCACGCAUGUCCAGCAAAAACGCUUUGCGAAUUUCAUCGGCGCCUCGAUUCCAUACUACUACCAAAACGGCUCCGCCACCUCCACCGCAAGCCAAAUCUCAGGCAGUCGAGACAGAAGCAGUGCCAGAAAAGCCACGACAGUCGACAAAAGUACACGCAACAAAAACUGCAAAGGGUACAGAAGAUCCAGUGUGUUCUGGCGCUCUGGGUGCAGCUGUUCCCACUGACUCCCCUGUAAUCGUCAAAAAGCCUCGGGCCGUUUCUGCUCAGGCUCAGGGUCAGAGAAAGCCACGUCCUCCUUCACUAGCCAUGGGAACCCUUCAGGCGUUCCCUCUUCCAGCACCAACGAGGCCCUUGCCAUCGAUCCCUAAAGCUAAUACACUUGCCCCUCCUACGGACCCAAGAACCCCGGUGCGAACAGUUCGAUCGGGCUCCAAACUAUCCGAAAUGCAGCACUCCCAGCCAUCUCCUAUCGCUGAGGAACCUCGCGAGUCAGAAGUCCGCGCCGCUACUACGCUUGGUCACCGCGCUGAAGAGGUAUUGGAGCAUGUCAAGUCACCAGAAACAACUCCAGAGAGUUCUAAGUCGGCAUCACCGGAGCAGCACACUCCAAGACGGCGCUCUUUAAGUGUCCAUGUUCCACCCAUGCGAGACCUUCCUGAAAGUCCUUCGGACGGCAGUGACGAGCAACCUGCCUGUGAUCAGCCUUUGGCUGAUUCUCCUUUGUUGGGGCAAUCGGUACCUACAAAGUCCCAUGCCAGAAAAUCUGCGCUAAAAGGUCUUCAGAUUAAUUCCCGUGUUGACCGAAACAACCUUCCUUUCGGUCUUCCCUCUCCUCCCCCCUCCGCGGCUCUCCCAUUGGAUCCGCCCGCGCAGCGAGCUGCAGAGCGAUCAGCUCACCGCAACUAUAAUGCGCCCGUUGAACCUAGGCCCGUGACCUCGCGAAGUAUGGAUACGAUGGGUCCUUCUCACCAUCACCAAAGCUUGAUGCUCUCACGCAGCAACAGUUCUCGAAGCAGCCUCCCUCGUGAGAGCAUUCCUGAAUCAAAUGAGCAACCUAGCCGAGCCGAAUCACCACUCCCAUCUUCUGAUGAUGAGGGCUUCGGUCCUCGUGGCGGUAAGAACCGUUCACACCGCGUCUCUGAGCAGCACAAAUCACGCGCCCAUCCAAUGCGACGCGGCUAUGAGACGCUUGACGCCAGACCUACCCACAGCCGGCCACGUUAUCAACACUCAAUGAGACCUUUGACACCACAGGGUCAUAGCAACAGUCAUAGCUACGAGCCCUCUAUGUCUCCUCAAUCACAAUAUUCUCAGGCCACUUCCCGGUCCCGUCACUCGCAGAGUGCCCAUCGUGCACCGGCGCCAUCCCACGAUCCUUAUCUGGAGGACCGGAUCGCCAAUCUCGAACGUCAAAACCAGGUUCUUCAAGCGGCUCUCAUGGCAGCCCUCAAUGCUGGAGUCAAACCAAAUCUGGACCUGCACGAAUCUGCCAUGCCUCCUGCUUUCCCCUCCGGAGGUCUCGGAAAUCCUUACCAAGAAAGACGGUUCGCAUCUCGUCCUGAUAGUUGGAUGAGCUCUUCGCGGAGCAGUGAUCUCAGUGGGUUCGAGACACCUGGGUCUGUCCGUGAUGCCCGGGCAAAUACUCGCCAGCUGGACAACAUGCUUGAGGAUAUUGAGUCCGGCUGGUUGUCUGACAAGUCGAGUUUCAGUGGAGCUCGCUCCAUGGCCCGAAAUCGUUGA